CGCUCGAGAGGAAGAGUGAUGCGCGGUGCUGAUGCUGAUGCUGGGAACCAGACGGGUGGGGAGCUAAGCAGGGAGCAUCCAGCGUCCUUAGCCAUGGUGUAGCAAGGUCCAAACGUUUUAUUGACGCGGGAACAUAGGUUAUGAGCCUCUAUACAUAAAAAUGAGCAGGUCCCAGCUGAUGGGUUGUGUCACCGUGACGUCCCAAAUGAAGAUUUCUAAACGACGGAAAAGACUGACUUUACGUAGUCUCUGUGCCAGGCUGGCAAAGGAGGGUUUUGGCGUCGACUAAAUUGGUCAAUUGCAGGAUAUUUGUCAGAGACGUAAGGUUUUUGACGAGAUUUGUGAACAUGCUAAAUGGAUCAUUUAAGCUGGGGGUUGCCAGAGUGGUCUCAGGGUUGCAGUGCUUAGCACCAGCUCUGCAGGAUAACCUCAACAUGAACGGCACUGCAGAGCAGCAGGACAUUCUGCCCCCUAACUGCAUGGUCAAAGAGCGAUGGAAAGUGUUGAAAAAAAUUGGUGGCGGGGGCUUUGGGGAAAUAUACGAGGCGCUGGAUCUGCUGACGCGGGAGAACGUGGCGUUGAAAGUGGAGUCAGCUCAGCAGCCCAAACAAGUGUUGAAGAUGGAGGUGGCAGUUCUGAAGAAACUGCAGGGUAAAAACCAUGUGUGUAAGUUCAUUGGCUGUGGUCGAAAUGAUAAAUUCAACUAUGUCGUCAUGCAGCUGCAGGGCAGAAACCUAGCGGAUCUCAGACGAAGUCAGCCACGCGGCACCUUUACCAUGAGCACAACCCUCCGCCUGGGAAAACAGAUUCUCGAGUCCAUAGAAGCUAUUCACUCUGUUGGUUUUCUGCACAGAGACAUCAAACCGUCAAAUUUCGCCAUGGGAAGGCUGCCUUCAACACACAGGAAAUGUUUUAUGCUCGAUUUUGGGCUCGCACGACAGUACACUAACACAAAUGGAGAAGUCCGACCACCAAGAACUGUUGCGGGCUUUCGAGGAACAGUUCGGUACGCGUCUGUGAAUGCACAUAAAAACAAAGAAAUGGGUCGCCAUGAUGACUUAUGGUCAUUGUUUUAUAUGCUGGUCGAAUUUGCUGCUGGGCAGCUGCCGUGGAGGAAAAUCAAGGACAAGGAGCAGGUGGGUCAGAUUAAAGAGCGUUAUGAUCAUCGAAUGCUACUGAAAAACAUGCCAUCAGAGUUUAAUGUCUUCCUGGAGCAUGUUUUAGCCCUGGAUUACUACACCAAACCUGACUACCAGCUUCUGAUGUCAGUGUUUGACAACAGCAUAAAAGAGCGCAUCAUCACAGAGAACGAGCCAUAUGAUUGGGAGAAAACUGGGACGGACUCCAUGAUGUCCGCCACCACACCGACUGCAGCGCAACAAAACACACGGCCUACAGCAGCUAUGAUUGGGGUCAUAAAUGUGACCCCAAUGCCAGGUGACUUUCAGAGGGAGAACACAGACGAUGUUGUUCAGGACGAACACCUGAGCGACCAGGAAAACGCUCCUCCCAUGCCCUCUGGACGGGCGGCUGAUGGCAGCCAGUUGCCCACAGAUGCAGAUGGAUGGGAAGAGACGGAUUUUAAUCGCAACAAACUCAGGAUUAACCUCGGAAAGGGAGGUCAAGAGGAGGACAGUAAUCGAGGGGUGUGUCCUGUGUCACCACAAAGAGGAGGGGGAGCUUUGGACUCUCCGGGUGUGCAUUUGCUCAGGUAUCGAAGAGUCAACAGUCCUGAAUCGGAUCGUAUGUCUGCGGCUGAUGGACGAGAUGGUUACGGGCAACGAAUGGACAUCCUGGGUUCUCCCUCUCGACACCUUUACUCCUCCCAGCCCGCUCAGAUGCUGUCCGUCGACGGUUGCCGUGGCGUUGAUCAAGAAGCCCACAGCAACGCCUUCAUUCGCUCUGUCCCGCUCGCAGAAGAGGAGGACUUUGACAGCAAGGAGUGGGUUAUAAUAAACAAAGAAACAGAGCUAAGAGACUUCCACCACAUCCCGGGGGCCGAGCCCACCACAUCCGGCACAACAGAUGAGGAACCGGAGGAAUUACGCCCUCUGGAGGACGGAGAAGAGCGGAGGAGACACAUGGGGGCAGAUCCGUCGGUCAGACCCAAAACGUCAUAUGGCGACCGGACUACACGAGGCAUGCUUCCUCUUACGGAGGAGGAGGUGUCCAGGAGGAGCGGAAAAGGGCAGUCGACAUCGGCGGAGAGCCCGGUACAGUCACCCUGUCACUCGCUGCCCUCCGGACGGCCACGGCGACAGGAGUCAGACCCCAACGGACCUCAGAGACAGGCUUCUUCUCCGAGUGAGCCUUUACUGUCACCUACUGACUACCGGACAAAGUCUCCAUCAUCUGAGAAAGAAAUGUUUCAUAUCCUUCCUAAACUGCAGGCUAAGAGAGCCGACUUCCUCACCGUCAUGCUUACAGGAAGCCUGCAUCAGCGCCGGGCCUUCACCGCAACCCCACCAGACACGCAAGACGAGGGACCUCAAGAUGACGAUGUCACAAAAAGUGAGUCCAGCAGCGGGGUGAGCGGAAAAAGCACUGAACGAAGUCAGGAUGGAGCUCCAUUCACCUUAGUAGCCGAGGGGCCAAAAGAACUGGGCUCGGUGGCCGAUGUAGAUCCUGACCAAGAGGACGUCUCUAAAACACUUGUUUUGUUCUCUCCUGGAGACAUGAAGAAGUCUCUGAAUGCUAUGAAUGGGACUGAGAUGGAGCAGUGUGUGAUGGGCUCUGAUGUUCCUCAAAAUGAGCAGACGGGUGAAGGUGGUCGACUAGAGGAGGACGUAAAGCAGGUCGAUCCAUCCAUACAGACUUCUAAACCAGUGAUAACCAUCUCAACGACUGCAGUGGCUUCAGCCUCCAUUUCAUCACCCCCUUUCUCUAAAGUGGAACGCACUUUUAUACACAUUGCUGAGACAACCCAUCUCAAUAUUAUGUCUUCCAAUAGCGCACGGGUGAGGGAAGGUGACCCUGAAGGUUUGAUGAUUCCUGAGAAGGUUGAAGGCAGAUCACAGACUAAACAGAUCACAGACAGAUCAUUCCUAUCUCCAGAGCAAGGUGAAAGAGCAUGUGUCUGUGCUGAAGUCACAUCACAGACUCCUACAGAAGAACCUCAGGUGCUCAAUAAGACUUCUGACAAAAAUGACAAUCCUAUCUCACAUGACGCAAAGGAACCCAUCCAACACAAUUUUGAUGGAAAACAGGAAAAACAACCACAAGAGGAAUAUCAGAAGAAGCCUGCAUCCAUUCUAAAGCUUUCUGAGCAUCCACGGACAAGGAGCAAGAGCCGAAUUCCAAUCCUGGCCUCGGAAGAAGACACGGGAACUGACCAAUUGCUGUCCAACAGAGAACGACUGCGAAGAAGAGCCGUGCAGCAGGAUCUGGCCCGGCAGGCUGUUGAACGACAGAGACAGGGUCGCUGGAAGAGAUUGAAUUCCAGGACGUCAUCCUCAUUAUCUUCUGGAGAUGAGCCCAAGAGAGCCUCAGAGACUCUUUCUAUGACAGGCUCAGAGGAAGACAUUCACGAAUCUGAUGAUACACUCAACAAGCUGAAGAAAGAAGCUGAGGAGAAGAAUGUGACAGGAUGGCACAGCAGGAUACCCAGACCUGUCACUCCAAUAAGGAGGCCUUCAAGUAAACUAGCAGUUGCAGCUUCUGAAAUUGUUCUACCUGAAGCAAAUGCUGCAAUAGGAGCACAAACGUCAAGAAAUGGCCCAAAAGCCGAGUCAGCUGCUCCGCCACUUCACACAAGAUCAAAAUCAACACUGUCCCGCUCCACCGUGCAGACUGGAAGUAAUCGCAUGCCUCUCUCCUGUAUCCCUGCAACAUCCCGUCGCAGCUUAAGCACAGCAAACUGCACUUUCUCCUCCAGCCGCAUGGCAAGUCCCUCCCCCCACAGGCCACCCCUGCGGACCGCAGUCAGCGAGUCCCGCAAGCAGCCGUUUGCUCUCCGAACCACUGUGGAGAUUCCACUAAAGUCUAGGACUACAUCUUGCCCGCAACAAUCCAACAAUGCACCCGUCAGGAAUCGAACCAAAGCUUCUGCUCCUUUGAAGAACACGGCUCCCGUUAAACGGGAAAAAAGCACAAGCAACCACACAGCUGCAGCCAUAUGAAACACUGUGACUGCUGGAAUUAUCAUUUCUAAAUGACUUGAACACGUUGCCUCAAAAAUGUUAUCUAUACUAAAGACCAAAAUUAACAUUGUAAUUUAUUUAAUGUUCUUCCUAUUUGGUCAAUGGCUUGGUCCAGUUUUGGAUUCUGCACUAAUAAUUUAAUGUCAUACUAUUUCAUCAUGCAGAAAGUUUCAAGGAACACAAUAGAGGUCAUGUCGCGUUUAGCUAACACGGUGCUAUACUGUUUACGUGCUGUUCUGUUGUGCAUAUUUACAGUAUGUUCAUAUCUUGUUUUGUUAAAGUGUAUUUUAUCAUUUGUUAGCUGCCAUGGAGAAUUAUUUACAGCUGAAACAAUCAUACAGUAUAUAACGUGUAUUUAGUCAGCACAAAAUAUUAUAAACCAUCAGGCACACUAAACAUUAUAAUAUUUACCACACAUCCAUGGACAAAAGUGCACACUCAUGCUUUGGUCUGCAGCUGGGCCCUCUUUGUAAACCUUGUGGCAAUGGGCAUGCCUUGUAUUUAGUACACUGCUGUAUGCUUGUACAUAUUCUUUUCAGUAUUUCUUGGAGAGACCUCUUUAUUUUUAUCUGGCAAACGAAAUGGCAAAGUAUUUUGGUUUCAUUUUGUUAAAGGAAUAUAUACUGCAGCUUCAAUUUCUGAGCAUGGCAGAAGUCCCACAUUAUCAAUUAUUGUCAAUACAUGUUUCUAAAUGAUUUCCAAACUCUUAUUAAAAUGGUGAGAUGUUAUUUAAGAUUUUUGACAGAACAAAAGGCAUAAAAUUGAUUAAAUGUCUUCUAAUCAUGUGUUGCUUUAAUUCUGUAUUUCAUCACACAUUGCACUUGAAAUUAAAGAGACAUGCAUUAACAGUCCAAAAUAAAAUGGC